UUCCCAACUGAAUUAAUUUACAUGCACUCCCAUGCCUUCGAUUCUCCUCCAUUUUCCUUCAUUCAAAACCGACAUAUGAGGGAGGAAUCCAACGCCGAGCAACGGAAAACUUGGGGGAGACAAAGCGCCGAUAAAAGUGGGCGGUAGAGAGAGAGAGAAAAGCGAAGCAAGGCAUCUCAUUUCAUUCUCCAUUUUACCCCCUUCUCUCUCUCCUCUUCCCUCCCUCUCUCUCUCUCUGUCUCUCUACCAUGCCGAGAUCCUGCACUUCUUUUAUUGCGUGAGUAUCACAUACCAAUGUCCUUCUCUUUGCUGUAAGAUUCUUCUCCUGAAAGCUUUGGCAGGUCAAGCAUCUUCUUACACUCCACCGCUUAAUUCCCUCCAUUAAGCAACUUCCCAGGAGGAACAUCGAGACAUUCUUGGAAGCCUGCCAUGGUUUCUAAUACUAUGGAUCCUUCUUACUGGCUCAACUGGAGAUUCUUGUUGUGUGCUGUAUGGGUUCUUUCUUCCAUGGCGGUGGCUUCCUUUUUGAUGUGGAAAUAUGAAGGUUUUAGAACGGAUGGUACAGAGGGAGGAGAAGCUCAAAAUGGAAAGAGGGGGACUUUAUAUGAGGAUGAGGCUUGGAGGCCAUGUCUUAGGACAAUUCACCCUGUUUGGCUGCUGGUUUUUCGGGUUGUUGCAUUUUUUGUAUUUGUGGCCCUGCUUGCUGUCACCAUUGUUGUCGACGGAGUUUCCAUAUUGUUCUACUAUACUCAGUGGACAUUCAUGCUGGUCACGAUUUAUUUUGGGCUUGGCUUGUUGCUGUCUGCUUAUGGGUGCUAUCAAUACAUAAAUAUAGUUUCUGGUGAUAGGAUUGAACGUAUGAGGUUGGAUUCUGAGCACAGCUCAACCAUAUCAACCAUAAAUUGUGAAACUCCAAAUCGCUCUCAUACAAUGAAAACUCCUAUGUUCCAAGGUAACCAAAUCAAUCGAAAAAUUGCAGGGUUUGGUGGAUAUCUCUUCCAGAUAAUCUAUCAGACGAAUGCAGGUGCUGUCAUGCUUACAGAUUUUGUCUUUUGGCUUAUCAUAUUUCCGUUUCUAGCUGUGAAAGAUUAUGACCUCAAUUUUCUACAAAUAGGAAUGCACUCAAUAAAUGCAGUCUUCCUCCUUGGCGACGCUGCGUUGAAUUCUUUGCAAUUCUCUUCAUUCCGAAUUGCAUAUUUCUUGUUAUGGACGUCAAUUUAUGUAAUUUUUCAGUGGGUCUUCCAUAUUUGCAAAUCAAUCUGGUGGCCCUAUCCAUUUCUUGACUUGUCAUCAGCCCAUGCCCCUAUCUGGUACUUCGUCGUCGCGGUUUUGCACGUCCCCUGCUAUGCCGUCUUCUCUUUAAUAAUUAAACUGAAGCACUACUUGCUUAUGAGAUGGUUUCCUGGGUCCCAUUAUCCAGCAAGCUAGAAGAGGCAACCCAGCCAUUUCUGCGCCUUGUGACAAUGAGCGGUUCUCUCUCCCAGUUCUAUUAGACAAUUCUGAAGUCCAAAGAGAACCUCUGCUCUGAUGAAAUAUCCAGAGGAUUCUGUUGGCCAUUAAAGAAGGCAGACUCAACAAUCAGCCCGACCGUUCGGCCACAUCUAUACUCCAUUCUUUUGUAUAAAGAUUCAAGUUUUGUGGGUGUUAUAUAGUCAUAGAAUACAUAUUCUAGGACUAUAUGGGUUCGGGAGAAAUAGAGUUAAUUAUGCUUUAGAGGUGCUGGAAGUUGGUUUUUUUCUGCAUGUUUAUUCAUUCUGAACUAAAAGUACUGUAUGUGAAAGCAUUGAAGUGAAGAUCUUUUGCUCUUAAGCAUGUGAUUGGAAGGAGUGUGUU